AUGCUCGUGAUUCAUGUUAUAGGUCCAUCGUGGUUGGAAAAUAGCAAGUCACUAUGUCACGCCCUAACGUUUCUAAGCAUCUGGCAGAUGAUCACGUGCUUUCUGGUUCUUUUCGUUCUUGCUGUGUUUUGCCAAAAAGUGAGGCAUUACGUUCAGACUGUUGAAAAACGUCGUGCUAGGAGAAAACAAAUCGCUGCUCUCGCCGUUUGCUUUUUGAUGGCAGUGGUAUUAAGUGUAGUGCCUCUUCUGGGAUGGAGUUCUUACGAUGGCCUUUAUUUCAUACACUCUUGUUCUUUACCUCGCCCUACGGAAAUCUCGCACUAUUCUCUCUGCUAUCUCGCGUUUUCUUUCGCUCUUCUCCUAACCAGUACCUUUCUUGCUGCGAAGGCGUUAAAGAAGCGCCGCUUUUACCCAUUGCAGCUCUACUGGGAGCGUCAUGUAUUAGAAACAAAAAUGAACGACCCGGAAAUGACAACAGCGGCUUCAUCUUCAACUUCGGUAAGAUCUGGUCGUUUUUCCUCUCGUGCUGGCUCCAUCGCAACCAGACGAUCUGUCUUACCAUCAGCAUGUAACAGUCCCAUUGUCGGAAGAAAGGCUUCCCAGAAAUCUUUGCCACUGGAAGGAGCCUUGAAUACUCUGUUGGAGAUCAUUGCGCGCCAAAAUGAAAGGGCGCAAGGUCAGCAAACUGAACCCGGAAGUAGCCAUGAAGCACAACUGCAAGCGUCUCAGUCUGCUUCUGUUGUUUUACGUAGCCCUCAACAUGGCACCCCUAAAGGCCCGUUCGUUAUAUCUUACCGAGUUCCUGACAUAAAUUAUAAGCGAAAGAAGAUCUUCGAAAGCCCAAGAUGGCUCCCUCUAUCUAAAGCUCCCAAGGAACAACGCUCGCUGUCACGAUUACUUAUGCUGAGGUGUUGCGUGACUCUGAUUUGCUGCCUACCUCUUUACGUUACAGCUGCACUUCAAAUGGCGGCUGUUCAGUAUCCACAAGAGCUGAACGUGUUAAUCCAGUGGUUGGUUUUUAUUCAGUCGUCAGUCUCUCCAAUGCUCCUUUUAUGUGACGUGAGCUACAGGCAAAUUUGGUCCCGGAUAGCUUUGUCUAUUUUCAAGAUAUGCAUCCAAUCAAAGGAAACCCAUGGAGAUCUGGAAAAGUCACGUGAUGUGGAUUGUCGAAUGGAGGAGACACAACAGGUUCGACUGAAGGAAAUGUUCCCUCUUGACGCGUCGCGACUUUGA